CUGCACUGUUUGUAUUCGGUCAUGUUGCCAGUCACCUUGCCCUGAUUAAAAGCAGUGGUUCGCGCUUUCAGUUUCACGCGAAUGCUGCCAUCAAUCCACGGUUUCUGGUUAGGGAAUGUUUUAAUCGUUGCUAUGGGAACGACAUCUUCAACGCACGUUCUAAUGAACUCGCACACCGAAUCAGCGUAUUCGUCAAUAUUUUUAUCUGACGCAAUACGAAACAUGUCCCAGUCCACGUGACUAAGCUGUCAAGAAGAGGAUGUCAACAACCUCCAGACAACAACACAUUGAAAACACUGUUAUAACUAUUAACAGUUUAUUGUGGCUGAAAUGUAAUAUUCAUAUGUAUCUAAUAACUGUCUUGUCUUCAGGGCAUGAACUUCAUUGCUGGGUACCUCAUCAUCAUCACUAAAGAUGAGGAGAAGUCAUUCUGGCUGAUGGACGCUCUACUGGGCAGGAUACUACCAGACUACUACACCCCAGCCAUGCUGGGUCUGAAGAUGGACCAGGAGGUUUUAGGGGAGCUUGUGAGGACCAAAGCCCCAGUUGUAUGGCAGGCCAUGGGGCAACACAACGUCAUGUGGACCCUGGUGGUCUCCAGGUGGUUCAUCUGUCUCUACAUAGACGUCCUGCCUGUAGAGACGGUUCUGCGUAUCUGGGACUGUCUGUUCUACGAGGGUUCUAAGAUUCUGUUCCGUGUGGCUCUGACGUUGAUAAGGAACCAGCAGGCUGAGGUCCAACAGGCCGGUUCCCUGCCUGACGUCUGUGACUGCUUCAAACACAUGACCAGAGGCCCCGAUGUAGAGGACUGCCACUCCUUCAUGCAGAAAAUCUUCACGGAACCCGGAAGCCUCUCCAUGGCAACCAUCACCAAGCUCCGGGAGACGUGUCGAACACGCAUCAUCGCAGAGGAGUCCUGACCCCAUCCUCCUGACCUGUCAAUCAAACACACUACACAUUCCGGGCUGGGUCCCAACACUCCUUAAUGGUCUCCUCUCCUCGGAUCCUAUCCCUCACUGUUGGGAGUGUCCUAGACUGUUUUGUACUCUUUAGCAUGACUACCAUGUAGCAAUGUAGACUACCAUGUAUGGAGACUACUAGGGGGAAAAGAAGGUGUUAUGAGUACCAGCAACUUUAAUGAGUAACUAUCCUGUGGGGGCACAUGGUACAGGUUAAACAUGAGCCUAUCACAAUAAUUAACAACCAAGAUGUCAAUGAAACCUUUUGUCUAUUACACUAUUGUCAUUACUAUAUGAAAGUCACAUGAAAUAAAACAUAUGUAGCCAAUGGACAUGAAAACAUAAUACGCUCAAAUGCAGUGUGGUUUGGCAAUAAGUGACAUUUUGUAAAAAGAGAUUCAGAGAUGAUCGUCCGAGACCCGUGGACAGCAGUGGACGUUACCAGACUGAUGUCGUCUUAAUGACGCGCGGACAGCAGUGGACGUUACCAGACUGAUGUCGUCUUAAUGACGCGCGGAGAGCAGUGGACGUUACCAGACUGAUGUCGUCUUAAUGACGCGCGGAGAGCAGUGGACGUUACCAGACUGAUGUCGUCUUAAU